UCUAAACACUGAUUGCUAUGCUUCCCACGAUUGGAUGGCCAAACUUCCUCACUUCCACUUCCAUUCGGAUCCCGAAUCACACACAUGCCACAAUAACUCUGAGGCACGGGAUUUGCCAACACUUGCGUUUUUACAAUACGAAUGAACGCAGCCAUGCUUUGCAAGCAAUGGCUGUUGAGGAGCUGAACUGCUGAUGUGUGGAUCGUCUGCUUUUUACAAACCUGAGGCUUUAAAAUGAUCUUCCUGCAGGUCAAGAUGUGUGGAUCUAUGUCUGCAAUAUCCCUGCAAGUCUUGGUGACUCUGAUGUUGCUCUCUCGACUACAAGGUAAGGUACUUGCACCAUCUCAUCUGCAGGCGAUGGCUGGGCUUCCCUUCAUGCUGGCCUGCAAUAUUACCAUGGAGACAGGGGAGGCUUUAAAACAAGUACAUUGGUUGGACAUGACAAAUAAAACUAUACUUCAUUAUCAGCCUGAUAAGUAUGAGCACGUCACCAAAGUGGAUGGAAUAGAGCUUUCACAGCAAAUAGAAGGUCAGCAAGCUCACACCAGUGUCAUCACCAUCAAAAGAGCCGGGCCAGCCAACGAAGGCUGCUACCAGUGUCUUUUUGAUGUGUACCCAAGCGGCCAGCAGAGAGGAAGGACAUGUCUUUCACUUACGGCAAAGGUGGAACUGAUGGACAAUAAAACAGUUGUGAGUGGAAAGCCUGUUACAUUUUUGUGCAAGUACAUUCUCAGUAAGCGAGUCCGGCAGGUUUUAUGGAAAAAAACAGCUGAGCAAGGGGACACUGCCACUGUUGCUUCUUAUGUCAACAAUGACAGUCCCAGCGUUGACACCGCUUUCAAAGGUCGGGUAACUCUAAAUCCAUCACUUGGGCAAUCUAAGCUCUCCAUACACCAGGCUCAGACAGAGGAUGAGGGCUGCUACACCUGCGAGUUCCACACGUAUCCAGAUGGCAUUAAGAGUGCAACAGCUUGCUUGUCUGUUUAUGUCCUACCCAAACCUGAGGCCAGUUACGUCACCGUAUCGCAGGGCAUUGUUGAGGCGAACUGCUCAGCCUUGUCACGUCCUGCAGCAGAGAUCUCUUGGAACGUGGAGGGGCAUAAUCAAACGCUGGGCCCUGCCGUGACAUCAUUUUACCAGCUAGGGGACGGCACCACAAUGGUGGUCAGUACCAUUCAACUGCAGACUGAACUACUGGAUGAUGAACUUGUGAAGUGUGAAGUUCGUCAUCAAGGCCUUGUAUCUGCCAUCUAUGUGACUCUGAAUAAACCUAGGAACGCCCAUGUCAUUCUCAUUUCAGCCAGCUGUGUGGCCCUUGUGCUGCUCAUAUGUCUGUGCAUCUGCCUGAAGAGGUGCUAACUUUACCUGCUGAUAUGCUUGACUGAAAUGAAAGGAAAUGCUGCUAUGUUCAGAUGUUCACCCUGACCAAACAACGGUGUGGGCUCUUUCUGAAUCACGGAUUAUUCUGUCAACAUUUUCUAAUAUAACUGAUAUUCAGUCUAACAGUCUAAAAACAAACAUUUAAUCACAACACUUUCAACACUAAAUGCCUUAUUUAUUAUAGACUGUAUAUUUUAGUAAAGCAUCUUUUUCUUAGCCAAGCUCUUACAAGUUAACUAAAUCGAAGCAGACUUAUCUGAAAGUUGACUUUCUGUAACCAUAGAAAAGUCAAUAACCAGACAAAAUGCUAUUGUUAGCUUUACAGAUGUUUUGAUGUGUGUAAUAACAAUAACAACGUUUUAUCAGGGGAAACAGUCUUUUAGACAUGAGCACCUUGUUGGCUUUAGGUGCCAAGUUAUUGUCUUGAUGUUUGUAUUAAAGUGAUUAAAGUAUUACAAACAUUUUCCCACUAAAGGGAAGUACUCUCAUAGCUCUGUCAUUCUAAAAUGGGGUAUUUCCAUUCCUCCUCCCCUUCACACCUUCAUGUGUUUUGUAUAAAGUUCUCUGAAAUCUUUGAAAUAAUAAAGUAAACGUGCACUAUGUUAAUCAAACUGUGUGACACUGUUGGUCACAAGACACAUUAAGUUUGCAUUGUUGCAUGAGGUAAUUCAGAGGUAGUAUUUUCAUUCACCCACUUAUUAAGGAAAUAAUAAUAAAUAAAACAAUACCUGAUCUACAGCAAAGUUCAUAACAUUAAAAAGUUUUGCAAAAUGUAGUGUAUUUGCAUGUUAUAUUUUCCUUAAAAUUAUUAGUUACGUAUCUUAACUCUUAUCUCUUUCUGAAAACAUUGGUUUGUAAAUCUAUCCCAUGAUAUGUGUUUAAUCUUUUUGUGGAUGGUGGAUUUAUCUAGAUAUCUUAUCCAUCUAAAAGUAUUUUACUGUAGCAUCAGAGCCAAGGCGUAGCUGUAGUCCACAUGUUCUUAGUAAAUAAUACUCCCAGGAAUGCAUGUUUGUGUAGGUUAUUAUUUAGAAUUUAUUAAAGAAAAAGUUUAUAACAAUCAGUGAUUCACAAAUAACAACAAUUUCUGAAGCAAUUGUGGAUUAAUAUCUUCCACAGUUUGUCAUAUUAAUACUACAAAGCAACUGGAACUGCAAUAUAUGAACUGAAUUUCUGAAGUAUUCAUGGUCAACUGAAUCACAAAAAAGGGAAAGAAAAGUCAAGUCUCAAAGGCCACAUGACAUUGCCUGAAGAUUCAAAAGCAUACAAAAAAGCAUUUUCUUUUUCUGGUGCUGCUCUGAAAUGUCACAGGUAUAGUUUCUUAGACUCGAUAUAUAACAGUGGUCAGCAGGUCUGAGUUCAGAUAGAGAUGAGGAGGAAGAAGCAGAUCACUUUGUGUUUUUAUGUACUGUGGAAUUGAAAACAGAGCAUUUAUAAAUGUAUUAUUUUAACAAAUAUAAAGAUUUACACCAAUAAAAUUAAAACAUGAUACCUGA